AUGCUGUGUUUGGGAACCACAGCUUCAGCCUAAAGGAUUGUGCUAUGAAAUUGUGAUUCCAAACCUUCUUGCGUAUGGGAUUCUCUAUUUUGAAAUUAAAACAAGAACCCCCCCAUUUAUUACAUAUUCAAUAUAUUAAGAAAUAUUAGAAAAUGCAUGGAGUUCUGUCCCUUCAAUCUUCCAGCCCCAGUUUGAAAACAACCACCACCCAAAAACCUUCUAGCCUUGUAAUCCUGUGAAUCAGGGUAGUACCUUGUUGACUUUCCUUCCGGACGUCUUUUCUUUGUAUGUAUGUGUUUGCUUGUUCUCUUGAGAGAAAUACAAAAAUAAGAUUAUAUAGCAUAUACUGAUAUGACCUACUUUUUCAGUUGAUAUAUUAUUAAUUUAUCAGAUAUUUAUCAAAUGCUUUCUGCAUGCCAGGCAUUUUGUGGGUGCUUAAGAAUCAGCAGUGACCAAAACUCAUACGAAAGAUCUGCCAAUAUGGAGCUUAUGUUCCAGUGGUAGUUAAUAAGGUAGGUAAGUGAACUGUGUAGUGUCGGAUGGUGAUAUGUGUUAAGGAAAAAAAUAGGGAAGGAGCAUAAAGUGUGUGUAUGUAUGUAGAAUAUGGAUUGGAGUUUUAGAGAGUCUGUAGAGUAUGGAUUGGAGUUUUAGAGAGCAUGGCCAAAGAAGUUCUCAGUGAGAUGGUGACAUUUGCAUGAAUACCUGAAGGAGGUGAGAGAGCAAGCCGUGCAGACUUCUGGAAGACUUCAUGAACUUAUUUCUCUCUCACAUGCUUUCGCCUUUGUUGAAACUGUCCAUUUGAAUUGGCUGAACAUUGUUAACUGUAUGGAGGCCAUGCAAUUUAACCAAGCCCUGUGCUGUUUCUAGCAUUUUUCCUAGUGGAGACAACUUUGAGUUAGAUGUUCUUGAGUGAAGUCUUUGGGCUCAUUUUCUUGCCUUGGGAUGUAUUUCUGGAAGUGAAAUUCCUGGCUUAAAAAAAUUAUGUGUGCCUCUCAAAAAUCUCGAUAUACUUUACCAAUUGGCUUUCCAUACCGUUUGCACCAGUUCAUGCUCCCAGCAGUGAAUGCGAAUGUUUAUCUGUCUGCAGCGUAGCCAGCAGUUGCCGUUAUCAUUUAUUUGGUCUUUGCCAAUUUGCUAGAUUGAAACUGAUUGAUAUGUCAUAUUAAUUUACUUUUCUUCAGUUCCCUUGGAAAGGCCUAGGGUAAUAGUUUUUAGUUUUGGGCAUCUUUUGAUUGAGGAAAUACGUAAUAGCAAAAAGCUGUUAUCAAUUUACUAAUGCUUUUCAACAAAUUUGUAUUUGAUUAACCAUAGCAGUAUUCAUUUAAGUUAAAAAAACAGUAGUAUCUAUUAGUGAGAGACAUUUCUCAGUCUUCAUACAGUGUGUGUGUCCAGACUCCCAGACUUCUUGGCAUGACCCUUCACAUUUGCAGAAGUCUAAGGGUCACGGGUUGAGAACUCUGAAUGGAUAUUACUUUUUGGUGGAGGGGUAAUACAAAUCCCUUUUACUUAAAGCUUCAGUGUUAGAAACCUUUGUUAACUGAAGAUAUUUUUUCUUUGAGUAUGUAAUACAGGUCAGUUUAGAAUUUACAAGAAUAGUUCACCACUUGAAAUAAAGAAUGCUUUCAAAUCAUUUUAAAAUGUAUAGUUUUAAAAUUGUAUAUUGUGUUGAAUAGUGCCUUCCUCUCCUCCCACAAAUUCAUGUCCAGCCAGAACCUCAGGAUGUGACUAUUUGGAAGUAGGGUCUUUGCAGAUAUUAUUAGUUAAGAUGAGGUCAUACUGGAUUAAGGUGGGUCCUAAAUGGAAUAUGACUGAUGCUGUUAUAAGAAGAGACACACAGACAUACACAUACAGAGGGAAGAUGGCUAGGUAAAGAUGGAACAGGUUGGAGUCAGUUAGCUUAGUUGCCACAAGCUAAGGAACACCAGGGAUUGUUGGCAACCAUCAGGAGCUAGAAGAGGCAAGAAAAGAUUCUUCCCUAGAGCCUCCCGAGGGAGCGGGUCCUCCCCACACCUUGGUUUUGCACUUUGGCCUCUAGGACUGUGAGAUGAUAACUUUCUGUUGUUGUAAGCCAUCUAGUUUGAGGUACUUCGUUGAGGCAGCCCUAGGAAACUAAUACAAUCAGGAAAUUGUAUUUCACCUCUGAUUACUCUGUUAGAACCAGGGCAGUGGAGUUGAAGCUUUUCUGCUGUGGAAAUCUUUGCUUAAACAAAAUUUUCAAAGGAAGUACAAAAAUAUAUUGCAUAGGUGAAUUUUCUGAUUAAAGGGGGCGAGUGCAUUGCAAAGCUUUCAGAUUAGCAUCUCUUCCUGCCCUCUCCGCCUCUCCUUUCUAUUCUGCAGAGCACAGAUUGAAAACCACUGGCUCAGCCUCCCUGCUUUGCAUUUCCUGGUACGCAUUGGCUAGAAAGUCAGAGAAGACAAAAAGAACAAUGAGUGCCUUUUGCUGAAGCUGGAAUGGAGAGGCAUGGGUAGCCUGCAUUUUUUUACCGUGGUGAAUUUGUUACCCUCCGGGAUCUGCAAAGGUUACUGUGUUCCACCUCUCCUAGGUUGAAGUGCCAUCAUGCAGAUGAUAGCUAAUGUUUAUUGGGGCUUGCCAUGUGCCAGCCACUGUUUGUUUCUAAAGAGAAAAAUCUGCCAAGGGAAGAGAAACUCAUUCUCCGGCUGCUCAGAACCACAUGGGGAAUCAUGAGGAAUGGGCCAUGUAUCAGAUAUGCUGCAGGCUGUGCUACUCUGAAGCAACAUGCCAGACGGGAAAGGCACUGCGAGAGAGCCUCUGCUGACUGCUCUGUGUCUCUGGAUAGUAUGCCUUCAGAAAUCUUGCUGAAGAUCUUUUCCUACUUGGAUGCUGGGACCCUACUGUGUACCGGAUGUGUGAACAGGCGCUUUUACCAUCUGGCCAAUGACAAUUUUAUUUGGAUCAGAAUCUACUCAACUGCCUUUUCACCUAAGAGAUCUAAUUGGAAAGUUAAUUCAGUAGAGAAGACAGCUGUGACUAUGAACUUAUUGUCAGUUGAGGAUAAAGAAGCUGGAUAUUGGAAGAAAGAAUAUAUUGCAAAACAAAUAGCAUCUGUAAAAGCAGCACUAGCUCAGGUUCUCAAACCUGUCAACCCUUACACAGGCCUUCCUGUUAAAACCAAAGAGGCCCUCAGAAAAUCUGGUUUAGGUUGGGUAAUUAUAUUGAAAGAAAAAAGUGGAAAAGAGUACAUGAUGGAGCAUGUUGAUCUUUCAGUAAAUGAUUCAUCAGUUACAGUUGUGUGGUAUGGCAAAAACUGGCCACUUCUAGCCACAUUGUCAACCUUAGAUUUGUGUGGUGUGACACCAGUUUUUAUGGACCGGUCUAAAACCCCCAUGAAAAAUGGACCUCGAUGGCAUUCUUUAAUUGCAAAGUACAAUCUGAGUAAUUUAACUGCAUCCACCAUGUUUGGCUGUGACAGACUCAUUCGGAUCUUCUGCCUAAACCCAGGCCUCCUGGUGGGGCUGUGGAAGAGGGAGGAAGAACUGGCUUUUGUUAUGGCAAAUCUUCAUUUCCAUCACCUUGUGGAGAGGAGCACGUUAGGCUCAGCCACUAUCCCCUACGAGCUGCCUCCUCAUAGCCCCCUUUUGGAUGACAACCCAGAGUAUGGACUGCAUGGCUACCAACUCCAUGUUGAUAUGCACAGCGGUGGAAUUUUCUACCUGUGUGGUACAUUUCGCAAUCUCUUUACCAAGAAAGGAUACAUUGAAAAUGGAUAUGCAAAGCUCAUUGUUAUAAGUUUUAAAAAUAACACAGAACACCUGCCUCUUAUCGGAAAAGUUGGCCUCUCUUGGAGAACCGAUAUUUUUGAUGGCUGUAUAAAGCAUACCACAGUGACAUGGGCGGAAAUGCAAAAGCUCAUUUAUUUGAUCACUUCAACAAACCCUUACGGAGUGCUUCCUGAGUGGCAUGUGCUCUGCUGGCUGCCAGAAGGCUGGGAAAAGAGAAGUAUACAGAUGAGUGAGGUGCACAGGUGGACCAGCGAUGUGGUCAUGAAGGCAGAUGAUCUCAGUGGGGCCGGAGAGGAGCUCCAAUGGGGGAGACCACGGUGGAGGGGAGGCUGCCCCCUGCUGGGGGGGUGGGGAGCUUCACAGAGGCUGUGUCCUGUGAGCAGGAAAAGGAGAGAAAAAUUGUAUGCAAAAAACCGCAGCCGAUGCUUGUGAAAAACGGCAAGGAAGACUUUAUUCAAGACUAUUGCAGCUGAGCAAAGAGACUGCAGAGUUGUAAGUGCUGGAAAGUACCUAGGGGGAGGUUAGUCAAGGUGUUAGGCACCUGCGUUUGCUAAGUGGUGCUCACCAAGUUAGGCUCCUGCCCUCCCACGGAGAUGGGGAGACAAGGGGCAUCUCCUUGAUGGUCACCUUUCCGAGUGCUGGCUCCCACGUCUUUGAGACAGACUUUCCUGGGCUGUAAAACUGGCAGGUGCUGGGGGGAGAUUUACAUCUCAAAGGGGCAGAAAAAGAAUUUACAACGACAAGUUUUCUAAAGGAAAUGCUCUGAGGAAAAGGAGGUCAGGGGCAUAGAGUCGGGAAGAAACCUGUCAACAUUCCAUCCAGCUGAGGCGCCCCCCCCACCCCCACCUCGGGUCACAGUGGGGGAGGGAGGAGCAGGACAUCCAUGAGAGGAACAGUAAGAUGAAAAGGCCAGAGGAAGGCCGCCACCUGUGAGGGUCCUGAAAGGACCAGGCUGCUUCAUGUCCUCCUCCACCACUUCCUGAGUGCGUGAGCUGGGCCAAGUUACUUAUGUUCUGAGACUCGACUUUCUAGCAUGUAAAAUGAAGUAUUUGAAGGAUUAAAUGGAGAAAUGCGUGUAAAUGCU